CCCCAGUGCUUUCCGCCGUCCUGUGGAUAACUCGCGCGCGGAGACCCCUUGCUUGUGACCUUGGGUGUGUUCGCCGAAUGCCACCACCUGCCGGUGCAAGUUCAAGUUAAAAAUUAAGAUUGAGUUGUCUUAAAAGUGGCUCCCAGAAGCCUCACAAACCCACCCACCCACGUGGGAACACAGCACUUGUGGAGGUGGAGACAGGACUGGAACCAGAAUCAGAGUUCAAAUACACCAGAAAAUCUGGGCUCUAAAUUCUUAUGUAAGUCGGAGAGUGACUGACCAACAGCUGGGGACUUUACCAUUCACUGUAAACUUUGGGACAGAUCACUUAUUUCUCUGAAGACUGGAUCCAACAAACACAAUGAAUACAAGAAUGUGCUGCAGUAGCAUGGUGAAUUCCAGACAAACCCGAGAAUUCCGUACAGCUGGGGAAGGAGGCCCUACUCCUGAGAUGGUCUUAGAAACAGAACUGAUAGAUCUCAGGGAAAGUGAUGAAAUAGUUGACCUCACCUGUGAAUCCCUAGAACCUGCAGUGAUUGACCUAACUUGCCACGACUCUGUUGUGAUUACUGAAGAAAGGAGGAGGCCAAGAGGAAACAAAAGGUCACUCCAAAGGCAAACUGGCAACUCUGUGGUGAGCAGUGAUAAGGAGGAGCUGAGGAGAAACAGAGAUGUGUAUGUGACCAACAGGACCUCCCAUAAUGCCCUGGAAGAAGAAGUUUUAAGUUGCACACUACCUGGUUAUAUCCGGUGUCGAAUUUGUAUGGACGGGUACUCGGAGAUUGAACUGAGUAGGCGACAUGUUUACUCUACAGAAUGUGGCCACAUCUUCUGUAGUUGCUGCCUCUGCACUUCCCUUAAAUAUAGUAAAAAUUGCCCAGUUUGUUUGAAAAAAAUCAGCUGUCAUCAGUACCACCGUAUUUAUAUAUGAGGUAUACCGUAUCAUUCAGGACAGACAAAACUUGGGUGGAUUUUUCCAUGUCCUCAUGCAGAAACUGCAGGUUGUUGGCAUCCUAUACACUGGACUCAAAAAGGCUGCUUUAAAAAUUGUUUUCUGGGGUGCCUGGGUGGCUUAGUCAGUUAGCGUCUGGCUCUUGGUUUUGGUUCAGGUCAU